CUUUAUUUUGAUAUUUAAUAUAAAACUAGUGCGCUGUAUAAUGUGCUUGUCCAUUUUCCAAUGAAAACCCAAUUUCCUUCCAUUUAGCUAUCUUUUUAUGUAAGAAAAAAGAAUUUCAAAUGUCUACGUCAGGUUGUUGUUUUUUCCUAAAUGUUACCCGGAUGACUUUACCUCUUGAUGAGCCCGGCAAUAUUUAUUCUGUUUUUGGAGCUGAUUUAUUUGAUUCAUAAGCCAAAUUGUUUGAUUCCAUAAAAAAAAAUUAAUAGGGUGUUUAAAUUAAAUUACGAUUUUCUUACCAAAAUUUAUUUCAGCCAGUUUUGGACAUCAAUGUUAAUUAUCUUAUAUUAUAUUUGUUUUUUUGUUGUUGUUUUUUUAUAGAGAAUAAAUUGGCAAAUGUUUGGAGUGAGCUUGUUACAUUGAAUGAAGUUAAAUGCCUAGAAUCUAGAUCUAGACCUACUAGAUGAUCUCGAUUUAUAUAGAGAGAAUAUAGAGGAUUCAGCUAUUUAGGCAAGAAUGGCUAUCUUAACCUGUACUAUACUACAAAAGAUUAUCUGUAUUAGAAAUUUAUUAAAUUAAUAAAAAAAAAAACACUUACAAACAUUCAACACACAUCUAAUCAUGCAAACAUAAAAUAAUGCUAAAAGUCUGUAGAAGUCACUAUCCCAGUGACCUAAUUUUGGUAGAAUAAGUGUGCUCAUAUUUUUAUUUUUUGUGUUCGUAUUUAUGCAUAAUUUGAAAACAUCUUAAUGAUUUCAUUUGACAGGCUAUGCCUGGGGAUCUUAAAAUUUAGUUAAAGUUAAUAGAGAAUUAAAAUCUGAGUUUAUAUAGAGACUGUCUGAAAUAAAUUAUGGUGUCCAGAAUCAAAUAAUGUGGGUCAAAUUUUUCUGAAUGAAAUGAAAACACAUGGCCUCUUUGACCUUAAAUAUAAUAACAAAUAUAGGUUAGGGGUACAAAUAUAAGUAGUCAUCCUUAUUCUUCUUAAACUAAAGAAGAUUUUGAUACACUUCAUUUUCUUUUCUAUGUUGAACCAUUGUCAAAUAAUGUGCUGUCAAAGUCAAACUUUGAAAUUUUGGCCUAUAGGUGUCAGAAUAGCAUACUACUCUCUAUAUAGGAGCAAAGUUAUGCCGUUUUAUGUGUAGAAAAAUCAACUAUUAUAGAAAAUGUAAAAAAAAAUGUGAUCGAAAAAAUGAAUUUUCUUCUUUAUCUCAUCAUAACUUUAUAACCAUAAUAGAUAGUAAAAAGCUUUAAAUUUGGAACACAGCUACCCCAUUGUAUGAUUCUUAAUUUGAAUGUUUUAUCUCACAUGCAGCUAACAUUCAUUCACAGUCUAAUCCAAUUAUCUUAUCUUAUAUAAUACAGACGUUACUUCAAAAAAAGAAUAUGAUUACGUCCUACGCGUCAUGCAUUUAGUCAUGCAUAUUAACCAAUGACCUAAAUUCUGCCAAGUCACUGGUUUUCCUGGCUAGCUCAGGCAACCCAUUCCAUGCUCUAAUAGCACUAGGGAAGAAGGAGUAUUUGUGCAAAUUUGUCCUAGCAUAUGGGACGAGGAAUGUCCUUUAUCUUUGUGUCGUUCAGAGUAUUUUAUUAAAUUUUGUUUUUGUAUUUGAAGAUUAUGGUUCAGUGUUUUAUGCAUAAUUGCAACUUUACUUUUGAGUCUUCUGUCCUGAAGGCUUUCUAAAUUUAGUGAUUUUACUAAAGGUGUUACUCUAGUCAAAUGUGAAUGUUCGUUAGUUAUGAAUCUCACUGCUCUAUUUUGUGUCUGUUCCAGUUUCUUAAUGUUUUCCCAAACGGAGGAUGCAUAUUCUAUUAUUGGCCUAACCAAGGUUAAAUAACAUUUUAGUUUUAUGUUCUUAUUUGAUUUAUAGAAAUUUCUUUUAAUAAAUCCUAAUGCUUUGUUUGAUUUUUUUAUAGUUUCAUCAAUAUGUGGAUUCCAUGACAGAUUUUCAUUUAUUAUAACACCUAGGUAUUUUGCGUUUUUAGUCUGUGUUACUGGUUUGCCAUGAAUAAGAUAAGUGGAGUUAAUUUGUUUUAGUUUUUUUGUUACUCUUAACAACUGACUUUUUUCUGGGUGGAAAAACAUGCUCCAAUUUGAUUCCCAUUUCUGUAAUUCAUCCAAUUCUCUUUGUAAAAUAUCUGUGUCUUGUGUUGUUUUUAUUGUUCUAUAUAUUAUGCAAUCGUCUGCAAAUAAUCUGACUUUUGUUCCUGAAGUAAUGCAAUUUGGUAAAUCAUUUAUGUAAAUUAAAAAUAGUAGUGGACCCAAGACUGUUCCUUGAGGUACACCUGAGUUUACUGUUAUCAGUGUUGAUUUAGAGCCAUUUAUUAUUACAGUUUGUUCUCUCCCUAUCAGAAAAUCUUUAAUCCACUGAUGCAGUCAACCAUUAAUGCCGAAAUAUUUUAAUUUUUUAAGCAAACUAUGGUGGUGAACUUUGUCAAAAGCCUUAGAAAAAUCUAGUAAGAUAGCAUCUAUUUGUUGACUAUUAUCUAAACCUUUUGAAAAAUCAUCAAUUAGUCCUAUUAGUUGUGUUUCACGUGAUCUUUAUUUCCUAAAGCCAUGUUGGUAUGGUGUGAGGACAUUAUGUUUGUCUAAGUGGUUUAUGAUGUUGCUACAUAUUAUGUGUUCUAGGAUUUUACAUGUGAUGCUGGUAAGUGAUACUGGUCUGUAGUUUUCUGGGUCAGAUUUUUCUCCUUUUUUAAAUAGGGGGGUGACAUUAGUCUUUCCAGUCCUUUGGUACUCUGCCCUGGUUAAGCGAAGCCUGAAAGAGUUUUUUGAACACUGGGGCUAGCUCAUUGCUUAGUUCUUUGAGUAAUCUAGCUGGAAUACCAUCAGGUCCAGAUGCUUUAUUUGGUUUGGUGUUGGCUAAUAGUUUUUGAAUUCCAUUCUCUUGUACUACUAUAUCUUCUAUGUUGUUUACUUGGUUCAAAUUCAGUAGUAUGUCUUUGUCUCCUGGGGCUGAGAAUGCUGAUGCAAAGUAUUUGUUUAGGAUGUUUGCUUUAGUUUCAUUAUCAUUAUGUAUUAUGUUAUGUUCAUCUUUUAAUGGCGCUAUGCCUGUUGUUUCCAUUUUCUUAGACUUAAUGUAUGACCAUAGGUGUUUGUUGUCUGCUUACGUUUUGGGUUAAGUGUUUAAUUUUUAAAUAUUUUUUGUAAACUCUUUCUGCCUUAGUUUCUUUAAAUUUUCUAUAUAGGUUUUCCUUCUGUUUACAAAGCUUCUUUAGUCUAUUAUUAAACCAGCAUUUAUUUAUUUUGUUUGAUGUGUAUUUAGUUGGUAUAUGAUUUUCUAUAAUGCUUUUAAGAUGGUUUUUAAUGAAAUUCCAGAGGUCAUCGACUGGUUGGUUAAUGUCUUUUUCUAAUAAGAAUGUUUGUUGAAAGUUUAAUGCAUCUUGGUGUAGUUGUGUUAGGUUACAUUUAUUCCAGAGUAAGAUUUUUCUUUUGGGUUUUGUAUUGGCUACUGCUUUUAUCUGACUGUGUAUUUUUAUGAUCUCAUGGUCUGAUAGACCAGGGAUAAUAUAAUCAACUACUAAUCCAGGUCUGUUGGUUAAGAAGAGAUCUAAUGUGUUGUUUAAUCUAGUUGGCUUUUUAAUGAUUUGAUCUAAACUAAGGUUGUGUAAAGUUUCUAUGAAAAGCUCAUUUAUGUCCUUAAGGUUUUGGUGUUUAUCUAUGGUUAGUGUUUUCCAAUUUAUAUUAGGUAGGUUGAAAUCACCCAUAAUCCAAAAAACUGCAUUUUUAUUUGUCUCUUUAAGUGUAGUAAUCUGAUUACAUAGUUCCUGCAUGUAUUCUAAACUAGAAUUUGGUGGUCUGUAAAUGCUGCCUAUUAUUAGGGAUGUUGAGGUGGUAUUAAUUUUACAAAAUGUUACAUCUAUAUUUUUUGAGUUAGGUAAGGUAAUUUCUUCUGCUAUUGGAGUGUUUUUAUUGCUAAAAGAACUCCUCCAUGAUUAUCAGCCCAAUUUUUUCUAAAAAUUUCAUAAUUACUAUUGAAAAUUUCUGCAUUAUAAAUUUCAGGAUGUAGCCAAGUUUUUGUUCCUGCAAUUAUGUCUGGUUUCUCACAUUCUAAUAAAAUUUUUAAGUCUGCUGUUUUGUUCCUAAUGCUUUGAAAAUUUAUUACUAAGGUUUUAAGGUAUUUUGGUAUUACUUCUUUAGUAGGUUUGUUUAGUGAGGCUAUUGUAUUGUAAAUUGACUUCGAUUCUUUUUCUAGAAUGCCGUUUGGUAGAAACUUCCUAACUCAGCUUUAUAAUAUUUAUAAAUAUAAUGUAAACUAACACCUUGAUAGCAUUCUCUCCGCUAGGUUGAUCAAAGAUAAGCCAUUAAACAAUGCAUUAAUCAUUUAUAAAUACUUCAUAUUAUCAACGACGAUUGCUAAUGUCUGGCGCCACAUGUCAUUACUUGUGACUUCAUUUAACAUCAUCAGGAUGGGCCCAAACUUGCCUUAAUAAGCUGAUUUCUUUUAUAUUUUGUGUACCUAGGUAUAGAAAAAAAAAGAUUUCUAACACUACUCUAUAAUAGAAAUAUUGAUUUUAAUACUAUAGUCAUAGAUUGUUAUGGUAGUUAUAAUUUUUCCACUUGCCCAUUUUUAAAAAUUGCCUAAUUUGGCAUAAUUUAUAACUGAUAACAGCAUGUUAGGGUAAUUUUUUUUAUAUUUUGGAGGUCAAAAUUUCAUUAAAAAAAUAAUGAAAUAACAAACUUUAAGCAUAAAUCUAGGUCUAAAUACAAUUAAAAAAAUACCAAGCUUGCUUACAAAUGAUAGUAAAUGCAAAAUCAUUCUUACAUAUGACUUUACUGUAAAUGUUCUAAAUAAACAUGACUUUCAUUUGUUGACAAUGUGGUAUCAUUCAAAAGCUUAGGAAUCCUCCUUUAAGAUUAUCACAAGAGUUUUUAAAAAAUGAAGCAAAUGUUAAAAACAACAAUCAACUAACACCAUGGGUUUGGAAGUAUAGCCAUGCUGUUUCAAAACUAUUAUAGCAGCUAGUUUAGCAGUUUAUAGGUCAGUAGAGUUACCUAUCAUUGGUUUAUAAUAUCAUCUAUAGUUACAAAAUCAUUUUUGAAGUAACGUCUCAGCAUCUGUAUUAUAAUAAUUAUAUAAGAUAACAAGAUAAGAUCUAGAGUCUAGUAAUCUAGUCUAAUUCUAGUAUAGUAUUUAAUUACUUACUCUUACAAGAUAGAGUUUGUAGACUAUAGAAUCUACAAUCUAUAAUUAUAAUGUCACAAUAGUCUCAGUCUACAGACUGAGUCAAAUGAGACCUAUUCACUAUAGAUAGUAUUACUAUAUUUGACUAUCUUGACUAGUCGACUGGCUACCUACGUUACUUUGAAUUUGAAUAGUCACAAGUACAAGUCUAAACAAUCUUGAUUCUAGUUAGCUCUGUAUUAAGAUAAGAAAGAUCUGUUAAUAAUUAUUGAAUAUAUCUAAUAUAAUUAAUAGUAUAAUAUAAUCUACUAAUCUCUAGAGUCUAGAGUAGAUCUAGAAUCUAGGCCAUCAUCAUUAAUAAUCUUGUCAAUUCUAGUCUAUCUAGAACUAUCUAGAUCACUAGAAUAUACAGAGAAUAGAGUCACUUUGUUGUAAGAGCCAGAGUAAUGGACCUAACCCUAGUGCUAUUAUUACUAACUAUUGGAGCAUUGACAGGGUUAAAGUCAUUGAUUAACAUGCAUGACUAGAUUGACCUUGUCACGGAUGAAUGGGUGUAUGUAUGUAUAAUCUAUUUUUACGAUCUAGUGGUUUCAUUGUUUUAUUUUGUUAACUAGAACUGAACCAGGGACACCUAGACGUAUCGAGACCUAAGGUAGAUUCUAUCGAGUUAUUAUUAUAAAUAUAAUAGGAAUCUGUGACAGACCUAUUAGAGAGACAUGCGUAUGACAUAAUCAUCUUCUUAUUUUGAAGAACAGAUACUCAGAAAGACACAAAGAUAAUUUAAAGGCACAUUUUUUAUUCCAUAUACUGGGUCAAGUAUGUACAAGUGCUCCUUCAUCCUAAUGCCAUUAAAUUAUGGAAUGGGUUGCAUGAAUCAACCAGGAAAGCCAAUGACUUAGCAGAGUUUAAGUCUCCAAUUAACAGGCACCGUAGGACGUAAUUAUCUUCUCUUUUGAAAGAACGACAUAUUGUUAGAAACAAUGGAUUGGAGGACAUCAUUUAGCCAUCUUGUUGCAGAAUUUAAAACUCAACUGCAAAGCAUAAGCAUCCCUCUAAAGGGUCAGCUUAUAUUCUUUAUUGGUGAAACCCCCGAAGUGCAUGUUAUGUUCUUACCAUUACCUUCUUCAUCAGUAGCAUACAGUAACAAACAAGAGAGUGAUUUCAUGAAAAGAAUGAACACUACCAGUGAAAUUCCUUCGUUUUCUUCAUAUGGAAUGAAUGAAUUCAACCUUUUAAUACCAACAAAUAGCAGGCCAGAUAUUGACGAUCAAAAUGGUUCAUCACAGUUGGCAAGCAAAUAUGCUGUCAACCACAUAGUUCUAAUGUUGCAAGCUAAUGCAGCCCCCUAUGAGCAAAAUGAGGAAAUUGCAGUAAAUAAAUCUCAAGGAAUUUGUGAAGAAUCUGAACUCCUUUCAGACUUAAGCUCUAGUCUUUCUAUAAAUAAAACUCAAGAUUUUUUUUCCAAUGAACAGGAUUCUUGUCAGAAAUUUGAACUCUUUGGAGCAUCACAUGAACCAGAUGGUAUUGAAUCACAAAGUAACUUUUCCAAUGCAAAUGACUCAUUAGCAGAUUCUUUUUUAAACAAAACAAUCACUCAUGUUAAUUCCAUUGACAUAGCUCAGUGUAAUCAGGUUGUUGCAGAAGUUGGUGUAGAUAAAGAAUGUCAGUCUUGCCCUGAAAGUAAUGAGAUAAGAGUUGUUGAAUUAGGCAGAACUGAUCAGCCAGAGAUGAUUGUAGAUAAAGAGUUGAAAUCAGAUGAGUGUUUUGCUGUUGUCAAGAAACUGAAUCUCAGUGUUAGUGACCUACACAAGUUUAGUCACAGUGAACUUGUUUCCAUAUUAACUGAAAUUUUGCAAUCAAAUGUAGAGGAAAAUAAAAGUACAGCUGACAAAGAUGGAGAAACAGCUAAAGAAUUUAAAGCACCAUCUGACCUCCAGAAAGCACUAACAAACUUAGAGAUGAAGACAGGAGUUAUUGAGAAGAAAAUCACUGAAAAUAAUUCCAUCCCUCACUCCUCAAAUAAAUAUAAAAACUCCAGAAAUAGAAGACAUGAAUUAAUUCAUGCUGAAUCUGAUCUCCACAGCGAUGAAACAAUUAUCAAUAAAAGUUUAGAUAAACAAGAAAGGAAUUCUAGCAAACCAAAGAAGAAAGGAAAAUUGGACAACAAGAGACAUCCAAAGCUGGUUAUUAAUAAAUCAAAUCAUUCGCAACUAUCUGUGCCUGCAAAUGAUACAACAGUUAAAGAAAUGAAUUGCCAAAUAGGAAAACAAAACUUGACUGACAUAGACCAUCCCCUAAAAAAUCAGAAAAAUGGAAGUGGCAGAAAAGAAUCAACAUCACAAAAGUUAGUAUUUCAAUGCACAUUGUGCACAACUACAUAUAGUAAUAGAGGUCUAUAUGAAAAUCAUUUGCGUCAACACAGUUGUGGUUUUCAGUGCGAUGAGUGUGGUAAAACAUUGAAAUCCAAAGAUUCACUUUACCAUCACAAGCGUGGACUUCAUGCCCUUAAGAAACAGUAUUGUUGUCAUCAGUGCAAUGCCUCAUUCAACUUCUAUCAUAGCUGUAAGCUGCAUGUGUUGCGACAUCAAGGUCAGCGCCCCUUCAGUUGUCAAGUGUGUCAUAAAACCUAUCUCACUUCCAAUCACUUAAAAGUUCACGUAGAGGCCACCCAUAAGGUUGGUAAAAAGGUGUGCCAUGUUUGUGGGAAAACAUUUGCUUAUAGUUGCAGUCUAAAGACUCAUCUGCUAAAACAUACAGGGCACAAGCUUCACACAUGUGAUCAAUGUGGUAAAAGCUUCACCUCUAAUCAAUCACUGAAAGCUCACUGCCUUUCCCAUGAAAACAUCAAGAAGUACCAUUGUGAUGUUUGUGGGAAAGCCUACCAAUUGGAGCAGUCCAGAAAUGUUCACAUGAAACAACAUGGCAAAGAGAAGCGACAGUUUAUUUGUGAACUUUGUGGAAAAACUUUUCAUUUUAAGAGCACACUUACAGCACACAUAAACAUUCAUAGCAAAGCCAGACCAUAUCUUUGUUCGCAGUGUGGCAAGGGGUUUAAGUCUAAAGCUUCACUCUACACUCACAAGUUAAUACACAAAGAAGGACAAUCCUUUGCCUGCCCUACUUGCAACAAAACUUUUCGAACCAAAAACUGUUGCAAUGCUCACAUGGCUCGCCACAAGAAACAACUCACUUUCACUUGCACAAUGUGUGAGAGUACUUUUCCUGAUAAGGGUGGACUCUCUAAGCAUAUAUCUACUAUUCAUGAACCCAGCAAAAAUUUUAUUUGUAAAAUUUGUGGUAAACGAAGCACCAGGGGAGACAACAUGCGUGCUCAUGUUAAAAAUCAUAAGAAAGAUUUUAAAGAGCCUAUAAUAAAUCCUAAGGAUUUUAUCAUAGAAGAAAAUUUAACUGAAACAGAAGUGGGGCUUAACAAUUUUAAACCUAGAAUAAGAGGCCCUAAACAGCCAGGCUCUAAAAAAGUUUACAUCAAAGACAUUCUAAGAAGUAGAGCCAAAAAUGAACCUCAAAAUACUAACAUAAAUUUGUUGGACUUUUCAAAUCAGUCUACUGGUAGUGGACACCCAAUAGCUACAUUACAACCUGAUCUGCUAACUAUACCUGUAAUGGAUUCCUCUCAUUAUAUAACUCAGUUGUCCUUCUUGAAUGACGCUUCAUUUCUUCAUACUAAUACACACAAUUCUGAUCCCUCUCUAGUGCAAACGGAAAGUCACGAAGAAGGGGAUCUCUUUCAACAAGAAGUUGACAAAACUUCAUUUUACUUUUCAUUGAUGCAGCAGCCAUCUAGUGACAACUCAGUUUCUGAUCACCUUUCCUAUGGCCCCAUUACCAAUCUCCUGUCAGAUGUUCAUGAUAAUGAGCCAGAUCCAUCUGCUAUCAGUAAUUCUCUUUUAUCAACAGGUAGUCAUGAUGACCUUGACCUACCGCAGCACAGCUCACCAGGUCAAAUGCAUUCCUUAUCAGUUUCUUGCUUCUACUCUGAUACAGAUGAGGGCAAUAUGUCACAGCUACAUGAUCUUUUGAAUCAUGACAAUGCAGUCAAUAGUUCAGACCUGAUAUAGCUUUUUACUACUUUUAAGGCAAUAAAAGUUUUGUGUAGUCUGUCCAUCUGUCACAUUUUGAUUUCAAAAGCAUUACAUUUUCUCAUGUGUAAUCUUACUUAUAAUCUAAAUUUGCUUAGUUUGUUAAAGGAAAAUUCUGAUGGUUAUGACAAUUUUUUAUGUGUUUCGAUUUGUAGAUAAGGAAUAUAUAUUCUUUUGUAUUUUAUUUAAAAAAAAAUAACUUAGCAAUUUAUAUUUUUCUGUGCAUCCAAAACAAUCAGAUUUUCAAUUGGCUUCUAUGUGACAUCAGAAAUGUUGCUUACACACCAUAGUAGACUAGUUUCUAAGCUUCUAGAUAAAAAAUGGAAUAAUGUUUACUAUUACAACUUUUAUGCAGAAUUUAAAUAUAUCAAUAACUCAAAUCAGAAAAAUUAUCGGAGACUCUUUAAAUUAAAUUCUUUAAGAACAUCCUGGUUAACAGCUUAAUAAUCUUUCUUUUGAUAGUUCAGGUAGAGAUCUGUUGGGUGGUUGUAGGUGGUUAAUGAGAUGACUGCUAGUUCAUUGGGGUGUACAUACUAUUCAAAUACAUCAUUAUUGAAUGAGAGGCAUUUUUAAGACAGAAUAACAAAGGCAGAUUUCUUAUCUCAUAUAUGCCAAGAUAAGCUUGUACUAGUUUGCCUUUUCCCAUACUGCCAAUAGAGUUUGGAUUAGGCUGUAUGAAUCGAAUGAGAAAAUCAAUGACUUAGCAAAGUUUAAGUAACUUAUUAACAUGUCCAACUAGAUUAACACUUAGAUAAGUAUGCAAUUAAAAUAAUUAGCUGUGAAGAAAGUAAAUAGAGCAGCUUGAAAUCUCUCAAUUAUUGUGGAUAAAUUUCCUGGACAAGAAAAAAAUAUUUUUUUUUACAAAGCUUAUAUCAACUCACUCAGUCUAGUAAAAAGUUAGUACAUGUUAUAACUCUGAUCAAGCUGAAAUUUUGCACAAUUAUUUCUUUUAUCUAACAAUACAAGAAUCAAUUUAAAAAUAAUAAAUUAAGAAAAAGAACAAGGGAAAGAUAUUGUAAUUUACUGAAAGGUGGUAUAAGUUGAAUUAGUUCCCUUUAUAGGUUGUCAUCUGAGUCUUAAUAUACACCAACCUGAGAAACAGGAUGAGACUAUGGAAACAAUAGAUAACUAUACAAAUUUCCAUGUUCAUAAGCUCUCUACUAGCAGAGUGUUUACAGUGUUGGCUUUAGAAACCAAGAAGGUGUGAGCCUUGUGUUCGAAUUCAGGUUGUUCCACCAUUGUUUUAAUUAUUAUAAAUGCUUUUUUAUUGUUAGUCUAGAUCUAUUACAAAUUUAAUUACUUGACUGAUCCAAACUAAUUGUUACAAUUACGCUUAAUAUAAGCUUUUUUUAUUUUUUAAGUAUUUUUUGUUAAUUUUUUAAAAUAGGGUAUUAUAAUAAUUAUUCUAUUCUAGAUUUUUAAAUUAAAAACUAAUUUUCUGUUAAAUUUCUUUGACUAUAAAAAGGCCAAUACGUUUUUAUCUGCAGUUUUCAAUUAAAGAAAUUAUUGCUUUUUUCUCUCUUUUUUUUAAUGUAUUUUGUACCCUCAACGAAAAAUGUAAUAUACUUGUAAUUAGUCUACCUCAGACUCAGUAGGCUAUAGUUACCAUAAUAGAUACUUUUGUAUCAAUGCAAAAUUGUGAUUUACAAUAAAAUUGAUGUUGUUUUAUAUUAUAA